CUGGGUGUCUGUCGCCCGCGCAACGCGUCGUCUGUAGUUCUAGUCCUCCAUUCUAUCGUUAUCCUAGUGCACUCGGGAUAUGAUGUCUUACCCGUACACGCCAACCUACACGUACCCUCCUCCUCCACCUACCUCGAAUACUUUGACCCAUCACCAACGUAUGCACCUGCUCAAAUCCACGACCAAACUAGCGAAGGUCUUGGGCGCCCCUCCCAAAGUCGUGGACGUUGAAGUAGACUUCGAUUCUUGCGAUGUCUACCUUCAUCGCAAUGACGAUCCAAUUCAUGUAUCCCUAACACCCAAACAUCACCGUUCACACUCCACAUCAUCGUCCUCAACCCGCUCCUCUAUGUCUUCUCGACCCUCCACACCCCGCUCUCCUGUCAAGUUGACGAAGUCUCGAAGACCAACGACGCCGAAGCCUGCAUACUCUCCUACACCGAAGGAUCCAGACGAUGUGCUCGCGGCAAAACUCUCCAGCAUGUCGCUAGAACCAACCUCCUUCUCUUCCUCAAACAUCCAGUCUCGUCCCGAAAUACACCUUCCUUCCCGUCCCUCCUACACGACGCCCGUUCUCGCUAGUACCCAGCCGGCUGAGCGUAGCUUCACUAUUGAGACCGAGCAAACUCAGCGCUUAAGGAAGAUGGAUCGAGUCAGGCGCAAACUGGGCGAGGGUGUGCCGUUGGACCUGGUGUUCCCGCAGGAACCGGAGGACACAGACUCUCCUCUCGACGAGAGCCCGCCAGAUUAUACGAACGGUGAGCAUGGUAGUGGGCUGUUUGAAGACUGGGGGUUCGCUCGCAGACGGGGGAUUAGAAGGGGCGCCUCAACGCGAGUAUGAAGCAGAAUGAAGGUGAAGCAAUUGUGAUCCUGGCGAUCGCGACGUCGGUUUAUCUCCCAUACCUCUCUUCCUCUAUCGUUUCGAUCAUGUAUUGCUAGAGUUCCAU